GGGAGGGAUCCCGGAGCCAAACCUCCCGGGCUGCCGUGCGCGCAGGGAGACUCCCGCCGGUCAAGGAUGCUCCCGGUGCCAGCAGCCACGGGAAAAUCCCCCCCCCACGCCUCCAGGGCGGGCGUUUUUGUUUGGUUGGUAUUUCGGGGGGGCUGCGCAGGCGCGCUGCUCUGCGCCCAGGUGCUCGUUUCCCCCGUAGCUCUGCAAGACGGGUCCGGAUGGCAACGACGUGCCCUGAGCUUAGCCGGACCCUCACCCAAGGAAGCCCCCCGUAGAGCCCGGCUGAGCUGAAGUCCUACUCUCCCAGCGCUCCCCACACGCGGCGUGGAGUCACACGGAACGGCUCCGGGGCCGCGGAACUCUUUGUGCUGCUCUGCAGCAGCCGAAGCGGAAAGCCGGGCAGGUUUCUGCGGCGUUAAGGACAGAGAUACGUACGCGUUUAAAUAAUUUUUUAUUUAAAAAAUAGGAGGGAAGAGGGAUGUAACCAAUUAGCAUCUCCACGCUGUCCUAUAAUUGCUGCCAAAUAAGAAAACUACCGAGUGGGGCAGCGGGUUCUGCUCUGCUCCCCGAGAGCGCGCACACCUGGGGGUGCUUUACGGCCCCCUCGGGAAGAUGCAGCCUCGUAAAAAAAAGAGCGUGCGGGGGGAGCCGAGCCUGCACGCAACCGGCAGCCCGUCCUCCUUGCAAAUAGGCGACGUCCGUAAAUAAGGGCACUGUUGUUUUUUUUUUUUUUUUUCCCCUUUUUAAUAAGUCAGGAAAGCCGCCACCUGCCAGGAGCCGCCUCACCUCCCAGCUGCUCCAUCGCCUCCCGCCCAGCCGGCUUCUCUCCGGGUUAGGUGUGAACGUGGGGGGGCUGCAGCAAGCCGCGCUUCGCAGCGUUUCCCUCCCCCCCCCAACCCUCGGAAGAGGCCCGAGGUGCUCCGAACAGCCCUCGAUAGCAGCACCGGGACUGGGCUCGGCAGCGCCGCUGGGGGUCCGGGGAUCCCUGCGGGAGGGGCGGCUCGAGGGCUGCGCUCCACACCCCGUGCUCAGCCUCCUCUGCUCUCUUGGUUGGUUUUCUAGGAAGCCAAGGCGUCCUUUUGUUUUGGUAAUUUCUUCUAAAUCCCUCUUUCACGUAUCUACUUAUCUAUAUAGGUGUACGCAAUCAAAUAGUGAGCCGAAUUCGUCUGCGUUCUUUAGUCCACUGAAGUAAACAAAACGAAGGUGUUCAGAUCUUGAGAAUACCAAAAAAAGAGAAAAACUGCGUCGCCCCUCAGUGUGACGUUUGUGAGCAGAAGGGAAACUGUGGUAAAAACGCCCACGUUGCUGCACCGCAGGAUGCCUUCGGGAGGAAGGAGGGCGAUCUUCCCAAACCUGGGGAGCUCGACGGUUCCCCUCCUCGUUUCUCUUUAAAUCCAUCUUGUCCCUUUAAUACAAAUGAACUUUAAGCUCCCCCUGUCUUUUAUUAUUUAGAUUCCUAGUCUUAAUGACGCCAGGAGCCGCGCGAGCACACUCGCUAAUAAUCGUCGUGAACUGCAUUUCAAAGAAACAUCCCUGGAAGAAAAACACCGUCGUUAAAAAAAAUAAAUAGAGACUCCACCAAAAAUGAUAAUGCGGAGUCGCUGCUGCUGCUGGGCUCAGCGCAACGCUGCAAAUCAGCACCUGCGUGCCAGGUCGGGCUGAUAACACCGCCAACGGUUACCUGCAGCAGCCCCGUCCGCCUCGGAUUUAUUUUUGGAUCGUUCAUUUAAUCAGUGAGAGCUGCUGAGGGUGUUUGGUUUUAAUUGUUAUGGUGGUGUUUGAGUUUUUUUGUUUGUUUGUUUGUUUUUUAUUUCUUCCCCGAUCUUCAGGAAAAAAAAAGUGGCGGAGGUUCGGUCAGGUCGCGAUCCCGGCGUGGUUCCGCCCGCAGCCUUUCGGAGCAGCUGCCGGGCACGAGAGCUGAGCACUGACCGGGUUCGGCUUUGUCCCGAGCGCAGCAAACCCGCAGCCGCCGCUCUCGUAUAAACGAGUGGUGAUCCGGACCUUCCAACACUGCGAGAUGUCGCUGCUUUUGAGCACGACGUUCAUUUUGUCCGAGGCGCAGCGCCGCAGGGAUGGGGCGGCUGCGGGGGCAGCGCUCUGUGCCGUCGGAUGGAAGCGCGCUGCGUGAAAGCCGCGGCACCGCCCGCACCGCCGCGCAUCGGGGACGCUCCAUCAGCGCUGUUUUACCUAGGAGGGAUUGAACCCGGCUGCAAUAACCUUGUCGGAUAAUUAAGCAAAUUAUACCUUAACCAUCGGUAGCUUACAAGUUGUAAUCAGUAAUUCAAACUCCCGACAAUUAUGCAAAUUGCGCUCGGGCUGCGCUCGGACUUUUUCUCGCUUUCGCGGCGAGGGCUUUGCCGGCGUUCCGAGCAGCAGCCGCCGGAGCCGCGUGGGUUGGGAGUCCGGGCGCACUUCCACGCGGGGGGCGGCCGAACAAACGGCACACCUCCCACCAAGAAUAAACCACAGCCACGGAGAAGGAACGCGGCACUUCAGGGGCUGCCCUCCUCGCGGCGCUCCCGCAGGCGGUGCCCACGCGUGACCCCUUCCCGCGGGCCGGGGCCGCUCCGAAGGUGGGUGGGGGGGUCCGGCUCCGCGCAGCCUCCGCGGGCGCGCAAGGAGUGGCUUAGGGCCACGCUGCCUCCUGAGUGGCUGCCGGCCGCGGCUCCCGAGCCAUCCCUGGGGAGGAGUUAUGAUAAUCCUAUUGCCAUUAAGGGCGUCUGGGCAGGGAAAAAAACCCGAGUGACCAUUAGCGCGGGGGUUUAGUCCGCCAGCAGCCUUCAUGCCUGCCAACUGAGCUCCGUCCGGGGGGCAGCUCCUCUUCCCCAGUGCCGACGUGGAUUUACCGCCCGUGGGGGGGGGCUGAGCUCUCGUCUGCUUUCGGUACCGCACACCUGGGUUGGACGCUGGACGCCAUGUUGUGGAAACUGGCAGAUAACGUCAAGUACGAGGAGGACUGCGAGGACCGCCACGAUGGGAGCAGCAACGGGAACCCGCGGCUCCCGCACCUCUCGGCGGUCAGCCAGCACCUGUACAGCCCGGCCCCGCCGCUCUCCCACUCCGGAGCCUCCGACUUCCAGCCUCCUUACUUCCCCCCCCCUUACCAGCCGCUGCCUUACUCCCAAUCCAGCGAUCCCUACUCGCACCUCGGGGACCCGUUCUCCAUCAACCCGCUGCACCAGCCGCCGCCGCCGCCCCCCAGCCAGCAGCAGAGCGCUUGGCCCAACCGCCAGAGCCAGGAGCCCGCCGGCCUCCCCCCGCACGGCCGGCCCGGCCUCGUCCCGCACCUCUCGGCGCUGGAGAGCGGCUCGGCCGGCGGCCGUCGGGAAACGUUCCGGCGUUCCGACCUCUUGUUGCCCCACGGACACGGCCUGGAUGCCUCGGCGCUGGCCGACAACCUGGGGCUCCACGACAUGGCCCAUCAGAUAGAGGAUGUACAGAACGUGGAAGACCAACACUUACUAAUGCACGACCAGACGGUCAUUAGAAAAGGUCCCAUUUCCUUAACGAAGAACAGCGCUCUGAGCCUCCCCUGCCAGAAGGACGGACUGAUCGGAGUGGUCAUAAACCCCAAUGAAGUGUUCUGCUCCGUGCCGGGGCGGCUGUCCCUCCUCAGCUCCACAUCCAAGUACAAAGUGACAGUGGCGGAGGUGCAGAGGCGGCUCUCCCCCCCGGAGUGUCUCAAUGCUUCUCUGCUGGGAGGUGUGCUCCGAAGAGCCAAAUCUAAAAAUGGUGGCAGAUCGUUAAGGGAAAAGCUGGAUAAAAUUGGUUUGAACCUUCCAGCUGGUAGAAGGAAAGCUGCAAAUGUGACACUAUUGACAUCUUUGGUGGAAGGUGAAGCUGUGCACCUUGCUCGUGACUUCGGCUACGUGUGUGAGACAGAGUUCCCCUCCAAGGCUGUGGCUGAGUACCUGACCCGGCCGCACAUGGGCCGCAACGAGAUGGCCAACAGGAAGAACAUGCUGCUGGCUGCCAAGCAGAUCUGCAAGGAAUUCACAGACCUCCUCACUCAGGACAGAACUCCGCUGGGAAACACGAGACCCAGUCCCAUCCUGGACCCUGGCAUCCAGGGCUGUUUGACUCAUUUUAGCCUGAUCACACAUGGCUUUGGGAGCGCUGCCAUCUGUGCUGCCAUGACAUCCGUCCAGAACUACCUAAAUGAAGCAUUAAAAAUAGCAGACAAAACAUACAUGAACACUGGAGACCAGAGCCCUGCAGAAACCAACAAAACCAUCGAUAAAAUGGACAAGCACAGGAAGUAAAGGAGAAAAAAACAGACUUUACUCUUCCUCCUUAACGCAGACUGGGAUCUUCUUGCCCGGGGGGAACGUAGCAAUUUGGGUACUUUUUUUUUUUUUCUUCUUUAUUAAGAAAGGAGGGAAAAGGAAACAAGAACAACAAAAUCAUUCAGGAUCUUCACUCCUCCUGGAUCCGGGAGACAAGUCUUUCCAAAAGCUGCAGUGUCCCUUCUCUGUGGAAGCAGUGACCUGAAGAUAAGUACUUGGUACCCGUGUGUUGCCAUCCUUUGCUGUAAAAGUGGUGCUAUAAGGGUUUCUGUUGGAAAUAGACUAAGAGAUGAAAUACAUAGAUUGCUUUCCCACAUCUCGGUACCUGGUGGCAACCAGCUUUGUGUGUAGUUCUUAACAGAUUUUACAUGGGAGGUUAUUUGUUAUCAGAUAAAUUUUCAGGGUUUUAUUCUCUCUUAAUACAACAGCAACAGUAAAGCAGUAUUAAACAAUGCUAUAUAGAUUUAUGUACAUUAAAAAUUUUUUACAGACACCUGAAAAUAGUAAGAUUUUUCUUUUUUUUUUUUUCUUUUUCCCUUUAUUUUCAGAUUACCGUAAGAGAGUGCUAAAAUCCUGGUGGAUAAAGUUAUCUGGUGGCAUUGGUCAUACUGAUUUUUAUGGAAAUGUUCAGGCUUUUAAACACUGCAGUAAUGUUGGCUGCAGUGGAAAUUUUCUCGGUAUUUUUUUAAUGAGGACCAGUACAAAAUGAAAACACUUAGAAAAUUCACUUUCUGUGUUUGAGGAUAUUGCAGCUUUAUUCACAUAUUUAUAUUGUCUUUUUUUUUUUUUUUUAAAUUGGGGGGAACUUGGAAAAAUAGGCACAUAACUUUUUUUGAACUUUUUUUUUUUUUGCCUCGUAAGGCCAAAAAAUAAUUUCCAGGGAGGCUUUAUGUGUAUUAAGGGAAGCAGUGUGUUGAAUGUAAAUAGUAAUUUAUGUGUAAUUUAAUCGGAUUUGUAAAUAAUGGUGAACUUUUUAAUACUUUUUUUUUUUUAUAAAUGGGUUUUCAGAUUUUAAUUUUGGUAAGUAUUUCAAAGGUAAUGGGUAAGCUAAACGUAUCUUUAGGUUUAUGCACAGGUAUGUUAUACAGGGUAUUUAAGACUUGUUUUUUUUUUUUUUAAUAUUGCGAUUCUUGCCACUGAAAAUGGAAUCUAAUCUGAGGUGUGUGUUCACAAAGCAAUAACUUUGUGCAUCACCCACCCGACAACUGACCAGACAUGCAAAAUGAGUGUGUGAGUUCGUGUGUAUGUGAAUAAUGGAGGUUCUGAACUAUCUUUACAUAUUUGUAAAUGUUCCCGCUAUAAUUCUGAUGUAUAUGAUAACCAUAUAAUAAAAAAUAUUCUGGAUAGAAGCAUGGAAUGUUUUGUUAACUGAGCACAGUUGGGUUUUCUUUCUAUACUUGGGGAAUGUGGGGCGAGUAGCACUAGAGGACAUUAUGUAUUGAGUCAUAAUUGCAGCACUUUGUUCAGAUUAACAGAACAGAAAUACGGAGCUGUUUGCCAGUAAAACUAAUGGUUUCAAUUAAACAUGCUAUGUAUCUCCAAGAAUCUUUCUUUUUUUUUCCCCCUUCCUAAGAUGUCA